AAAACUCCAAAUAUGUGAAGGUUUCAGGAAAGUAUUUGGCCAUAUUAUUAUUAUAGAGUAGUUAUGAUGGUCAGUGUGUCCUCAACUUUUGGCCUUAUAGAAUGUAUGAUGGUCAAUGGUGUCUUCGACUUUUGGCUAUAUACUUUAUCUUGUAUGUGACAUAUCAGCAGUUAUACUUCAACUUUUGACCUUAUAGCGGGUGUGAUGGUCAUUGUGUCCUCAAAUUUUGGCCAUAUAGUAAAUGUAAUGAUCAGACUGUCUUCAACUUUUGGCCAAGUACUCUGUCUUGUAUGUGGCAUCCCAGCAGCUAUACUAAGAAAUGGAGCCCAAAGUGAAAAUUCCAAAUAUGUGAAGAUUUCAGGAAAGUAUUUGUCCUCCUCCAUUAUCUCUGGAAUGUGUCACCCGAGGGAGGUCUGUCUGGACACUUGUGUUUUGUCCUCUCCUGGCUACUUGUGUAGACUUCUGUCGCAUCCCAGUUCACCGACCCCUGACACUCUGCAGAGCGGAGAGGAUGGAGGACAUCACUCAGGACCAGCUCCUGGCAGACGAAGCCAAUACCAAUCAUGUCUCAAGCUCCACCUACAAACAGCGCAGCGAGGAGUUCCGUAAACUGUUCAAAGAUUUGCCGGAAAGCGAGAAGCUGAUUGUUGAUUACGCCUGUGCCCUUCAGAAGGACAUCCUACUGCAAGGCCGCCUUUACCUGUCCGAGACCUGGAUCUGCUUCCACAGCAACAUCUUCCGCUGGGAGACUACGAUAUGUCUGCCGCUGAGAGACGUCACCUCCAUGACGAAGGAGAAGACCGCCAGACUCAUCCCCAAUGCCAUCCAGAUCAGUACCGAGAGCGAGAAGUACUUCCUCACAUCUUUUGCCGCCAGAGACAGAAGCUUCCUGAACAUGUUCCGCAUGUGGCAGAAUGUUCUCCUGGAUAAGGUAAGACAUUGCCCAACUUCCAGUCCCGUUCUUCUGGCCUUUGCACGAGACCCACCAAGGUAGAGCCACCAGGAAAUGUCUCUGUUCCCUGCCGCCUCUCCUCCAAGAACAAGAGUCCAUCUUUCAGAGAGUUGUGUCCAUGUUCAUCUUCUAAGGAGGCUUCCAUUAAUGAGAAUUCAGAGAUGAAUUUUUUGGAGAAUAAUUUUUUUACUUAUCAUCUAGUUAUUGGCACUGCACCCCCUCGAUUGGUAACAAUGAAGAAAAGUGGGAAUUGGGAUUUUCCGGGUGCUAAAUUACAACAACAAAAUAAAUUAAAAGAGAUUUUUAUUUAUAAAAGUAAAAAAAAAUGACAGAGUAAAAUCCAUCAAAAAUACAG